AUGGUUACCACAACGAUGGACGAGAAGCACGGAGUUGAAAAGAACGAGGUACUCUACCAAGUCGAGACCAACGACUCGGAGAAGGCAGAGGCAGAGAAGCGCAAGGCCCUCAGAAUCGACUACUCGGGUGCCCACGAGAAGACAGAUCCUGCGGAAAUUGCACUCGUGAAGAAGCUGGACUGGUACAUUAUGCCCACGCUCUGGCUUAUGUACUGGCUCAAUUAUCUCGAUCGCAAUGCCAUCGCCCUCGCACGCAUCAACUCGCUCGAAGAAGACACAAAACUCACGGGCUCCCAAUACCAGACAUGCGUGUCUAUCCUCUUCGUCGGUUACAUCCUCGGUCAAGUCCCAUCAAACAUGUUGAUCACGAGAUUGCGCCCGUCGUACUACAUGUCGUCGUGCAUGUUCCUGUGGGCUGUUGUAUCGGGUCUGACUGCCAUGUCCACAAACUUCACUGGUCUCUUCCUGACCCGAUUCUUCCUUGGUGUUGUUGAGGCCCCUUACUACCCAGGAGCGUUGUACAUCCUUGGUAUCUUCUACACUCGAAAGGAGCUAGCCACCCGCAUCUCUAUCCUCUACACUGGCAACAUCCUGGCUACAGCCUUUGCAGGCCUGAUCGCCCUUGGCAUUUUCGAGAUGGACGGCAUGGCUGGCCUCGCAGGAUGGAAAUGGCUGUUCAUCAUUCAAGGAGCUGUAACCGGGCUGGUCGCUAUUGGCUCCGCUUUCAUCCUUCCAGAUGACCCACUCGUCACUAAGUGGCUCACUCCUGAGGAGCGUCUGCUCGCCAACAGCCGUGUGCAAGGCGACCAGGUCGGCGCGAAAGAAGCUGUCUCUGUCUGGGCUGGUCUCAAGACUGCUGCCUCCGAUCCCAAGCUCUGGCUCUUCGCUUUCAUGCAACACAUGCACUUGGCUGCCAACGGUUUCAAGAACUUCUUCCCUACCGCAGUCGAGACUCUCGGAUUUGACCAGAAGAUCACGCUCACUCUCACUUGCCCUCCAUACCUGAUCGCUGGUGGCAUCUCAAUCUGGUGGUCUUACAAUUCAGGCAAAUUCAACGAGCGAACAUGGCACAUUACUGUCGCGAAGGCAGUGGCCAUCUUCGGUUUCGUACUCUGUGCGGCGACGCUGAACACCGGUGCGCGCUACUUCGGAAUGGUUGUCUUCGCCAUCGGCACAUACGCAGUGAAUUCGAUCAUUUUGGGCUGGGUAUCUGCCACUUGCGGACAAACGAAAGAGAAGAAGGCCUCUGCACUUGCCAUUGUCAACACCAUUGCCAACGCAUCUUUCGUCUGGACUCCAUACCUAUGGCCAUCCUCAGACGAGCCACGCUACGCAAUUGCCAUGGGUGCAUCAGCUGGCUUCUCUAUGCUCUGCGCUGGCGCUGCUUGGGUCAUGCGCAUUUGGCUGCAACGCACCAACAGGAAGAUUCGACAAACGAACGAUGAAUCGAUUCUGGCGUACGCGUAUUGAUCGCGACGCAUAGCAGAACAUCUACUGCAUGAUUGAUGAUUGUCUUUUACGAUACCAUAGCAUAUGAGAUGCAUUGUUUAUGAGUAGCAUGAAUGCAUAGCCAGAGAGCUACUGAAAUAUAUGAUCUACCAG